UAGAUACCCGCCAUGGCGGCAGGGUUGGCGCCAUGUCGGUAGCAGAGGGCAUCGCGGCCGUCUUGAUGCGUCUGAAAAGGCUCGGGCAUCCGCAUCACCCCGUCCGUUCCUUACAUCCGUCUCCAUCCGUCACUUCCUACAUAUGCAUGCAUGUUGCAGCUGUAUGCUGCAUACAGCACCUGCUUACUACCUUUGUAAUCACCGUUAGUAGUUCCUCAAUAUAAUACCACCACAAUGAAACAGCAGCAGUGUUCUGGCUUGUGGCGACGGCACACUGCCUCGCGACUCCCACCCCCGAGCUGACGACGGCUGACCGUCGGAACCCGCGUCGGCUGUAUGAGUACAACGGCAUCAAGCAGACCCUCUUCAAGCACGAUGUCACGGGCACGACAUUGCAGUUUGUCGAGAACUCGGGCAUCUGCGAGACCACAAAAGGUGUCAACCAAACCUCUGGCUACAUGUCGGUCGGCAACGACAUGAACAUGUUCUACUGGUUCUUCGAGGCCCGCUCCAACCCGACCUCGGCCCCCCUCACCAUGUGGCGCAACGGCGGGCCGGGCUGCUCGUCCAUGAUCGGGCUGUUCCAAGAGAACGGGCCGUGCCACUUCCCCGACGGCGCGCGCCAGCCCGUCGUCAACCCGAACUCGUGGAACACCUUUGCCAACAUGCUAUGCUGUACGUCGACCAGCCCAUCGGCACGGGCUUCAGCUACGGCAGCGACGGCGCCACGUCGACCGUGGUCGCCGCCGGCUACGUCUGGAACAUGCUGCAGGCCUUCUACGCCGCCUUCCCGGCCUACACGUCGCGCGACUUUGGCCUCUGGACCGAGUCGUACGGCGGCCACUACGGGCCCGAGUUCGCGGCCCACAUCCACGAGCAGAAUGCGCGCAUCGACGCCGGCUGCCUCGAGGGCGAGAAGACCAACCUCGUCGCGCUCGGCAUCAACAACGGCUGGAUCCAUCCAGAAACGCAGCACCGGUCCUACGCCGACUUUGCGCUGCGCAACAACCACCGCCAGCUGAUCGGGGCCGACGAACACCAGAAGUACGUGGCCGCCGUCGACAGGGACUGCGUGCCGGCCAUGCAAAAGUGCCAGGGCACGACCGGGUCAAACAGCGACUGCCUCAAGGCCGCCGACAUCUGCGCCAAGGCUGCCGAGGCGCCCAUCGAGGACGCCGGCGACUUCAACUCGUACGACGUCCGCGUCUCGCCCAAGUCGCGCGAUGGGCCGCGCGACACGCACGUCGGCUAUCUGAGCAACCCCGAGGUCCAGAGGGCCAUUGGCGCCCGGCAGCGGUACGACGAGUGUCCGGACAAGCCGUACAUGGCCAUGUACAACUCUGGCGAUGACUCCCGCUCGUUCCUCGGCCGCCUCUCGACCGUGGUGCAGCGUGGCACCAACGCCCUGAUCUGGGCCGGCGACGCCGACUGGAUCUGCAACUGGAUGGGCAACCUCGAGGUCGCGGACAUGGUCUCGCACGCAAAGACCGACGAAUUCAAAAACACCACAGUGAGCUCCUAUACCGUCGGUGGCAAGCAGUACGGCGAGUUCAAGACCGCCGGGUCCCUCAGCUGGCUGAGGGUUUUUGAUGCCGGCCACGAGGUCCCGUUUUACCAACCAGAGGUUUCGCUGCAGGCCUUUAAGCAGAUCAUGCAAAGGUAACCAUUAAAGUCAACCUAGGAUGCAAGGCGGCCACACAAGUAAUUAGAAUGAUAACAUACAAAAGCGCAUUAAUCGAAAUAUUGGCCAA